AUGGACAACGCCCCUUGGCAUAACCAAGCCGCAGUAUUCUCCUAUGUCAAUUUGGUACGGCUGCCUCUGUACUGUUCUUCAAUGGAUCAGGGUGUGAUUUGGUCUUUAAAAUGUACACUUCGGAAACAUUUGCGGGGAUGUAUUUUGUCUUUGAUCGAAAAUGAGCAAGUUAUCAUGAAAGCCGAGGUGGAUGUUCUCAUGGACAUGCGUCUAGUCAAGAAAGCUGGGUUCAAACCCACUUUGAUCCAGUCGGUGAUGCAGCCACCAAAGGAUAAAUGCGAUUUGAUCGAGGACUUUACUCAUUAUGUGUCUACUGAUGACCGUCUUUUUGAAGAAGAAAUCGUCUAUUUGGAAUUUAUGAUGGAGAAAUGGGUUACUCAAAAUUAUUGGAUCAAGUCUCUUUUUAAGUCAUCAGAUGAAUUCGUUUCGAAUCAAGCUAAGAAUCGCAAAGAAGAUGAAUAUGAAGCAGUGAGUGCACCGGAAGCUAUCUCAAUGAGAGAGGCACAGACCUUAUUGGAUCAAUUGAAACUGUUUGCCUUGGCUAAUGCUCGGAGUUGGGGUCGAUCAUUGGAGUGUACAAUUUAUUUAAACAGCGCGUUUGUUGAUUUCCAAAGGAGAGCCAAGCUGAGACAAACGAAGAUUUAUGAUUUUUCUAAAAAUACAUAUUUGUAA